AUGUCACAGUUCUCCGGAUUUGGUAUUGAAGUUGAACUCAAAGACGGCAAGAUUAUCACUGGUCGAGUGGCCAAGGCAAAUCCCAAGUCGCUGACGCUAUCAGACGUUACUUUCAGCGACGGUGGUACUUCGCAGGUUUUCAAGGUCAAGGCGUCAAGAUUAAAAGAUCUGAAGGUUGUCUCGACUCCGAAACAGGGCAAGCAAGGCGUCGCCAGGAACAGCAGCGCCGGCUCUGUUUCUGGCGCAGCAGGUGCAGCCGCGCCUGCCGCUGCCCGACUGGCGUCUGCCGGCUCUAAUACAGAUUGGCAGGAUGAUGAUGCUGCCGCUAUUAAGCAGCAGGACGAUUUUGAUUUCCAAGAAAACCUACGCAUGUUCAACAAGGAAGACGUGUUCGCCAAAUUGAAGGAGCAGGACAAAGUUGAGCAAAAAUCCCGCUUGGUAUCGCACAACAUCAAGGACAGAAAGUUCGAGACCGAUGAGCUUGUUAUUCCUGACGCCAAGCAGGACAACUGGGAUAGCCUGGAAGAGGACUCCACGCACACCGAGUAUUUGCCAAUUACAAAGUCCAUCAACAUCACGCACCUUCUACAGAGUGCUGGCGAUAAUGAGGCUAAGAACGACCAGGUUCUUUCACAGUUGCAGCGUGCACUCACACGCCCAGGCUCUAUCAGCAAGCCAUCGGGCUUCGUGACUACCACCACGGGCGUCUCUGUCCCUUGCGCCACACCAGUUCAGCUCCUGGAGAUAGAACGCGUAUGCAGCGAUAGUUUUGGGUUCACUUCCAAGAUGGCCAUGGAACACUGGGCUGUCCACAUGUCGCUGUUUGUGAAACAGAAACUUGGCGGCAGGGUCCGUCUUCACGCACAAAACACAAACCCACAGCCCCUUGUUGUUAUACUAGCGAGUGAUAAUAGGUGCGGUGCCCGCGCGCUGGCCCUAGGUCGCGUACUAUGCCAGUCAUCACUGGUGCGUGUUCUAGUUCUAUUCACGAACACGCCGGAGGACCCCGAAGUCAAUGAGCAAUGGCAACUCUACCAGAAGAGUGGCGGGAAGACAGUGGAGUCGUUGCAGUCUUUGAAAUCUAACCUGGAGAAGCUGAACUCGCCCGUUGAAAUUGUUUUGGACGCUAUGCAAGGCUUUGAUCUUAAUCUCCAGGACUUGUGUUCAGAUGCGGCCGAUGAGGCACGCCUAGAAGACAUCAUCAAUUGGUGUAAUGCCCAACAAGCGGUGUGGUCGCUAGAUAUUCCCAGUGGACUUGAUGCAGGCAGCGCAUUGCCAAACUUUAGUGCGCAUGUGAAUGCCAACUCAGUCAUAUGCUUAUGCUGGCCGUUAACCGGUGCUUACAACCUGAGGUCCCAGUUCCCCAAUCACGCUCCAGAGAUUCAUCUAGUUGACUUGGGAGUCCCCCAGGCCGUAUACUCCGUACGGAGCUCUCUUCGCAAAUUCCAGAUUGCAGACCUCUUUGUUACUGAAGGCAUGGUCCAGCUGACUUGA